GGACGAUUUAGCAACCAGAAAAACGUAACAUUUUUGUUAUUACCGUCCAUUCGUACUUCAGGUCGUAUCGUUCCUAUCAACCUCGGUUCACUGGAGCUUAAGUUGUUAACAGGAGUGUAACGCAUCGAAUUCGUAAAGGCAGUCGUUCAUAAUCACUUACUUUCAAAUAUGUCGGCUGGGCGGUGCUGGAUUUUCCUGAUAUCCUUAGCUUCCACUGUUACCGGCUUUACCGAAGUAAGAGCAGAAAUAGACCGAAGAAUUGUCCGCUCAAAGUACGUCUGCGAAAAUGACGUCAUGCACUUGAACUGCUCACCUAAAGUUCUUCGGAUUGAGGGUGCUGACUUUGGUGAAUCAUCGGCUAGUAUAUGUACCAAAGGAGAAGUGUCAAGUCAGCGGUGUAAUCUAGUAGAGGUGACUAACAUAUUGAAGACCGCAUGUGACAACAAGAAAAACUGUUGGAUCACAGCAUUGGACCACAUAUUUGGCGAUCCUUGCAAAGGGGUGAACGUCUCUAAACAAAGGAGUUCAUCUGUUUAUCUCAACGUCAUGUUUGCUUGUGUAAAACCAGUGAGCAGUGGGAAGUCAACAAUAAGUACAACCUUCAUUUCAACUGCUGAGAACAAUUCUAUCAUCGCCACUAACUCCACUGCCUCAAUAACCUUCAUUUCAACUACUGGGAACAAUUCUAUCAACGCCACUAACUCCACUGCUCCACCGAUGAAAAGUACCGCGACGGCUAACAACACUCAAACGCUGCCUUUGACAACAACAAAGCCAAACACGAAGUCAGACAAAGAAAUACCUGUAUUUGAUCCAAGCAUGUCAGUAUAUUUGGGAGCACUCUCAGGCUCUAUGCAUGUACCGAGUUUUUCUUCUUUGGGUUUACUUGCCUGGAUUUCCAUAUUUGGUAUAAUCAACUCUUAUUGCUGAUACAAGUCAGACGUAUUCAAACGUAUUUAAACCCUCUUGCCCGCAGAAAAAAUCAUUAAUGCAGAUAAUUUCAGACGUUUUUUGUCUCUCUAACAACUGAUAUGACGUGACAAAUAGAAUGAGGGCGUUCACCACAUGUAAGAAUUGAUCAGCCAGGCUAAACAAUUACAUUUGAAUUGGCCUUAAUGCGAAUAGUUUUCCCUGAUUUUUCCAUAGGGCCAAUAAUUCCAUCUUGCGAAUAUUUCUGACAAAUCACUGAGAUCUUUACGAAUAGAUCUCAUCUAGCCAGCCUACGCCAACCAGUUGCAACCGGUGUUCAGCGCCUUUUGCAUCGUCCUAAGGGUUUGUGGCGUGUACAGAGCCGUUUGCUGGCCUUUUUCGAGUGUCGUUUCCUCUAUGCGUAAUCUAGUCAACACUAUAAUUAAUUCUAAACGCAGGUUGUCUCCCAGUUCUAUGUGAAUCAUAGGCAAGAGGAGAUACCUCGGCAAUGGCUCAUAUCAUGCUAAAUAGUAUUUGUAAUCAAAGGUAAUUACGCUGAAGAUGUAAUUCAGAAAUGCUUGCUUUCGUGCAAAUGCAAAAUUUUUCUAGUUCUAGACCUGCGAUCGUUCUCAAUUGCCAGCUAUUGCUAUGAGGUAGAGGGAAAACCUCAAGGAUUUCAGGUAAAAGUAGGUAAAUUUUUUUGGUAUAAUGAUCCAGGAUGGUAAUAAAGGUUUGUAGAACACUGGAACCAAGACUCAUAUGUCAUGUUUCAGCAUUUUAAAUCUAAACUUAAAUUGUAUCUCAAUAUUUAGUUGUAUAGAUUUUGAUUUUUAUUCUAAUUUUGUUUACUUAUUUAUUUUAUUUUAAGGAAGUUUUUACAUAGGGUUAACCUCCAAACUUCCUUUUCUAGAAGUACCUUUUUUUUUCUUAGUUUUUAAUCUGUAUAUAUAGUUUACCUCUAGAAUAAAUAAAUAAAGUAUAUGUAUGUAUGUAUGUUCCAAAGGGCAGGAUAUUGGACACUUCGAUUACUUAUAUCAUCAUAUAUGAAGCAUUUCUAUUCUCAUUUCUGAUUAUAGAACUACAUUAAACUUUUAAAGUUGGUAUAAUCAAGAUCCUUCCCUUUCUGAAGUGUUUUCAUUGUCAGAGGUCUCACGCCAUUUAAUACUAAUGUAGAAUAACAGUUUGAUUGAUAGCUGGAAGUGGCAUUACUUUAGACUAUGGUCCAGGCGUGAGAGACAAGUCGCCUCCAAAGUGGCGAUUUGUGAACUGUCAGAGAAAAAAAUUCUUAAGACACGUCGUUGAAAGAAUUUCCAAAUGAGAAGGACAAGAAAGUGGCAAACGAUUCGAGAGAAUGCAACGCAAUCAUGGAUGAGAUACGGUUCCAUUUUUUUUAAUCAAUCGUAUCAUGUAAGUAUGUAAACCUUUUUAGAAGAUAAGAUUAGCUUUAAUGUUUCAAUUUCUUGUAGUGAUUCGACCUCACGGAGCCGAGCUUGCGUCGCUGUAUUGUAAUAUUAUUUGAUAAAUUACGAGACCUAAUAACUUUUCAGGGCACUACCCGUUACUUCAUGCUUAUGUAACUACAUCAGACUAUAAAAUAAAAUAAAGGGGCUGUUUAUUUGUAA